GCGCGCCCAGUGGUUUGUCCUGUUCAAGAUUUUGGCUUCUCGUUACUCUUCAUUCAAUCCCUCAACAACAACCGCCUAAAGCAAAACUCGCAUCACUCAGUCUAUCACCUCAUCACACACUACACACAGUGCCCGCAUCACGACACCAGCCCCAAGAAUUCAGAGGGUCAGGGAGAAGGAAGAGUGAGGAAAAGCUUUUUAUAAGAAAACUAGAAAUGUAUUGCGUCUCAGUUAAGAAUUGUUUCAGUGUUAUAGUGAGUCCAUCAAUGGCCGAUUCUUGGUACAGGCAGUCAGAGUUUUAACUUUCUUGAAUCAUGGUCAAGAACUCUUUUUUCUUUCAGCCCUUUUCUUGGAGUUGGGCUCUCAUAGUCGUGACUUCCAUGGGUUACUCGAAACCAUUUUGCAUGGUUGCUUUGGGCAUGGAUUUUUAGAGGCAGUGGUUUCUUGCAUCUUAAUGUGGGUUUCUGUUAUUUAUUACUUUUGGAGGGUUGAAGAAGUAGGUUUGUAGGUUUGUUUUGUGCUUGUGAGUGGAAUUUUGGAACAUGGUAUAGCGAGAAUAGAACAGAAUUGUCAUCAGGUUUGUCUCUUUUCCGUGUUGGCAAUUUUUUCUUGUUUUGAUUUGGUAAGGUGUAUAUUCUAUUGAAGUUUUGGUUUUUCUUUAAUUAAAAGCAUUUGAAUUUCGACAGUUCUUGACUUCUCUUUCCUUUGUCUCCUUUCUUCCUGUUUUUAGCUUAUUACUCUGCUACUAUUCUUUAGGUGUGAAUAAGUGGUUUUGUAGGAGUCUUUUAAUUUUAAGUACUACAGAUUCUUUGACUAUUCUUGUCUGCAAAGAGGGAUUCAUGUGAGUUACGGUGAUAGAGUUCUUAUAAACACCGAAUGUUAAGCAUUGUAAAAUCUGUAAACCAACACAGUAACCAGGGAGCCAAAUUUUUGGUCAACGACAAGCUGCGCUUUUGAUUAAAUUUGGUACUUAAUUUAAAUUUCAUAUUUGGCAAUUGGGGAGUGAUUUCGAUCUGAGACAGUUUAUAAGUAAAUGCAUGGAUCAAAGAGAGGCCAUGACGCUACCAGGCUCAGCUUCCUAUUAUCUGCACCGAGGAACAGCUGAGUCUAUCAUGGCUUUACAAGGUUCACCAAGCAUGAAUACGUUUUCUGAUCCUACUGCACACUUUCCACCCAACGCUGUGGGAAGUUUAGCCGGACCAACAUUACAUUUGGAUACUUCAUCAAGAAUGUCGCCUCAUGGCAUUAGUUUAGGCCCCCCUCCAGCAAUUAGUAUAGGUCCACCUCCGGCUAUGCUGCAAGGUGAACCUGUGCGCAGAAAACGGGGAAGGCCACGGAAAUAUGGACGAGAUGGUGCAGUUUCAUUGGCAUUGUCGCCCUCCACAUCUAGUCCUGUGCCACUGAUGAGGCCCACUCAGAAGCGGAGGGGAAGGCCACCAGGGACUGGUCGAAAACAAGAACUGGUUUCGCUUGGUGGACCGUUCUUUAAUCCAGGUGCAAGAAUGAUGCCUCAUCUCAUCAAUGUUGCUGCUGGUGAAGACGUCAGAAGAAGGAUACUGUCAUUUUCACAAGGCCAUCAUGCUGUAGUUAUCUUAUCUGGCAUUGGCACCAUCUCAGCUGUAACUGUUAGAUCUAAUUCUGGUGGGACCAUCACCUAUGAGGGGCGCCAUGAUAUUUUGAAUUUAUCUGGUUAUUAUGCAAACAAUGAUUUGAAUGCUGCUCAAGCCCCAACUGGUCGUCUAAAUCUUAUUCUCGCUGGUCCUGAAGCAAGCGCGAUAGGUGGCACAGUCGAGGGUGCUAUGAUUGCUGCUACUGAUGUUCAGGUAGUGGUGGUCGCCUUGUUUCCACGCUCCUCGAAGACAAAGAACAAUGCUGGGGAAAGCCCAGAGCCUUCAGCAGAUCAUGAAAAUGUCGGCAAUUUAGUUGCUUCGGCUAAUGCUUAGCCCAGUCUGAAUCUUGCUAUCAACGGUUGCCUAGUCAAAUUGACAUGAAUAGAUAGACUUCUUUAUCUUGAUAUUUGUCAAACUUUUCUGUUACAUAUCCAGUAAUGUGUGCGAGAAACUACAUUGAUUUAGCCUUUUCAGUUCGCCAAGACACGGCAUCUUGGCUCGAACCAUGUUGCUUCCUACCUGACAUAGGUUGCACUAAUUUGAGAUACUUCUCAGCAACUCUGUUCGGCACCCUUUGAUUGGUAAUAUUUGCUUUCUAUCUUUUUUACUGUAUCUA